GCUCGUGUGUUUUGGUGAGACUGCAGCCGCUGACAGCUCGUGCAGCCCUGCCAGGGUUUCAUCUGCCCUCAGGCUCUUUGUUUUGGGGCUGGAGUUUAAGACGAGGCAGCGAGUGCAACAUCCCAACCCAUGACCAUGUGUCUCUGCCUCUGCUCUGCAGUCCGGCGCCAGCUGAAGAGUGAUGCAUUCAGGGCCACACACAACAGGCAUCACCCCACAGAGAUGGCAGGCGGGUCCAGCACCCCGGGGCAUGCUGAGCACCGGCCUACUGCAGGGCUUCAUCCAAAGAGCCAGGCCUCCCUCCUUCUGCCUCCUGCUCCCCAGGGUCCACGCAGCUGAUGUGGCUGCUGCCCAGCCGCCACAGAUGCUCUCCUCCUCCUCCUCCUCCUCAACCAGCCCUGCUCCUGCACCCAGCCCAUCUUCACGCUCUGUGCCAAGCAACUUGGGCAAGCCAGAAUUCCCAGACACAGGAUGGGAUCGAAUCAAGGACCUCUUUGACAGAGACGUGACACAGUCGUACCCGGAGGAGCUGACCAACGUGAUAAAGAGCGGCGUGGUGGCCGGAUUUGCAGGCUUGAUCUACGGGGGCCUGCCUGCUGCACGCCACGCCAGGCAGCGGUACAUCCAAAUCAGCCAGGCGGAAAUCUAUACUGGUCGAGUGGAAGCAGUGCGCUCGGCCCAUAACGCCGCUAUCCGUGGUUUUGUGAGAUAUGGGUGGAGGUGGAGCUGGAGGGUGGCUGCGUUCGUCACCUUGUUCAAUUCCGUCAGCACGGGGCUGUCUGUGUACCGAGACAAAUACACGCUCAGUCAUUACGCUGCAGCUGGAGCUGUCACUGGAGGCCUCUUCAGACUGAACCUGGGCCUGGGUGGGCUGGUGGCGGGGACGAUCAUCGGAGCCGCGCUGGGGAUUCCCACUGGGGCUCUGAUCACCAGCAUGCAGUCUCUGGCUGAAGAAACUGUGCGAGAGAGGAGGAGGAGAGAGCGCAGGGAACUUUACGAUCUCAGACUGGCAGAAUGGGCCGCCCGUCUGCAGCUGACGGACGAUCUGAUUGGAGAUCUGAAGGUCAGCUGCCAGGCAGAGGAAACCAACAAGGACAUGCAGAGGAUUCAGGAGCUGCUCAGUUCAUCGCAGAACAAGGACGAGGCUCAGGACUCAAGCAGCCAAUGACAGGAGCCACCUGAGCUCUGCAGGAUGUCGAGGUAGGACUAGAUCCAACUCUGAGGAUAAACGGGUCACUGCUUCCUCUGGACUCCGUCACUCACCGGUGCUCCAGCAGAACGGAAACGGAUUCACACUGAAUUGAAGACACUGCUGCUCGUCACAAAUCAACUGUCAAGGGUCCUCGAUCAAUGAGCUGCUCAGUAAAACACAGAAACAGUUUCACAUUCUGUCACAUUGACACACAUCUUGUUUUACUGUCUGUUCGUCUGUAGAUUAAGUUUCCUCUGGUUUUGCUUCCAGAAAACUGAGCAUGUUCUUCUCAUUAAACGAUUAUUGAGGCAACUCUGUCCCAGUGUGCUUCACUCACACUGUCCUCACCUGUACAGCUGCGUCCAGACAAACACUGAACCUCUGCACAUUCUCUGGAGAGGCUGCAUGUGGGAACGCAAGUGUCCCAGUGAGAUACUCCGAGCUUUGUGAUCUCCACAGCAGGAUGAAUACGUCACGUCCUGCUUCUGUCUGCAGCUCCACCCCCUCGCCUGGACGCUCCGGAGAUUUCUAUAUUGUUGUGAAUGUGUCUGUGCCGAGAAAUUCCCAUGAUGCCUUGUUCAUUUGUAAAACUCCAGAGAAAGUCCGGAACCAAUUCUGCGGACGUCCUCCGGAGUUCAUGUCUGAAAACGGCUCAUGUGGAACAAUAACUGAGACGUAUCAUGUUUCUGUUUUUUUCGAUACCAUCCAUUUCCAAACCUCGUCUGUUUAGAAAAUGGCGUCUUUCUUUCCCUCUUGUCCGUUAAUGUGUAUUUUGCUUUAUGACUUUGCCUCUCGGGCUUUUCAGUAACUAGGUCAAACAAAGCCGUGGCCCCUGGUGUAAACAAGAUGUGACACAGCAACAGCUGCGACCUCGGCUGCAGCAGCCACCGCUGACGUGCAGAUGGACGGCCAAUAGAAAGGCACGGAGGAAAAUGUGGCGCCGCAGAGCUCAGCUUGUUCAGUGAUUACUUCAGGUAAUCAAAGUGGAUGUUUCCCCCUGAAGUUUGACUUUGAGUUGUGAGCUGCUGCAAGUCGACACUGGAGCUGAGACGUGCAAUCACGUUGUAACUGUUGCUGAGCGUGUCCCUGCAUGUGUGAGUUGUGAAAACGUUCUGUGUCUGGAUGACAUUUAUAAAACUGAAACCAUAAAAAGAGAACAGUGAUCGCACACA